CUAGUUUUAUUUUGACCAUACACCGGAUAAAUAAUUGGGGCAUACACAGGGAUAUCCGUUAGAAUUGUCUCAAGCGUAAUAACUAAAACGUGUACAUUAAAUCGAAUUUGACUGUGUGGAAACACCCAAUCAAUCAGCCAGAUGUGUACACGGAUUUCCAGAUUGGUAUUUGUGAAAUCUUCACGAUCAAUCUUUCAUGGGUUGAUCAGAAAAGCUCAUUCCUGGGGAUACCGACAGGGAAUAGUACCAGAACAAUGGCACACAUUGUUUCCUCUGUGCAAUGGGAAAUUCCAGUCUCCGAUUGAUAUUAAGACAAGCGAUGUUGUGUACGAUUCGUCCUUGGAAAACUUUAACCUUGGGGAGUUGGAGAAGACUAGGGAUGUCGACAUGGUUUUGUGUACCAAUCAUGGACGUUCUAUACAAGUCAACCUUCAAGGACAUGAUAUUAAGGUGACAGGAGGAAGUUUACCAGGGACGUAUAAAGUAGAACAAUUCCACUUCCACUGGGGACCAAAUAAUAAUGUUGGUUCAGAACAUACAUAUGACGGAAAACAGGUGACUGCUGAGCUUCAUAUUGUAAUGCAUCUAGAUAAAUACUCAAACGCUGGAGAAGCCUUGAAAAACGUAAAUGGACUUGCAGUUCUAGGUUAUCUAAUAGAUGUUGGUUCUCAUAACAAGAACUAUGAUGAAAUAACUAACAAACUGAAAAAUGUUCAAAAACAAGAUGACAUAAUACCUCUUCAAAGAUUCAAACUUAGUUCACUACUACCAUCGUCUACGUUUUACUACAGAUACUUUGGAUCAAUGACAACUCCACCAUGUGCUCCUGUCAUAUGGACCAUGUUUAAAGAAAACAUUUACUUAUCAGAAAACCAGCUGCAGGAAUUUAGAAACCUUAGCAAUACAGAUAUGGAUCUGAUACACAACUGCAGAAGUCCACGACCAUUAGAUGGUAGAAUUGUGACUUCAAAUUCUAACAGUUCUUCUUAGCAUGAACAUUCACUGUUAUCAGAAGUCCAUUACUAGGACUUCAUAUUUUAUCCAUAUGUGUUAAUGUUACACUGUUUGAAAUACUGCCAUUUGUGUGUUAUGAUAUUAUGAAUUCCACUUUUGCUGAUAUUAAUCAUUUGACUCCACAUUUCGGGUGAUGCUAAUACAAUCAAUAUUUCUUACUCUUAUUCUUUUACAUGCUUAAAAGAGCAUAACUGGUAGUUAUUUUGUAGGAACUGUUAAGCAAGCUUUUUGAAAGCAAAUUAGAAAAUCAUUCGUAAUAUUUUACUCCAUCCUGGUGUUCAAAUUGGUGAAGACCUGGGGCUUUUUUCCCAAAAAAUCUUACAAGUAAAAUUACUUGUAAGUUAUGAACAUUUCAUUAUAAACUAAUUACAAUUGAUUUUAAUCGUAAGAUUGGUUUGUGAAAAGAGUCGCAGACCUUUUAUAUAUUGAAUAAGAAUAUCCAUUUCAUGCAUUUAUAACUUUAGGAUGUUCACAUGUAAGGUGUGCAAUAUCCUCCUUAUAAUCAUAACCCCUCUGAAAAAUCCAGAGGCAAAGUUUUAUCACAAAAUAUUUUAAUUUUUCUGAUGCCUGUUUUGCAAAAACAAGAACACAGACCUAUCUUUGUUAUGUAUACUUUUGAUGUAUUAUACAUUGUGAACUGUCAGAUCAAGUUCUUGCGCAUUUAUUAAAAAUAUUUUUAUUUAAAUUUCGGCAGCAUACAUCCCUUAUUUAAUUAUAUCUUUUUUGUAGUUAAAUCUUACAUUUAAUGUUAAUAUUGUUUUUUAAAAAACUUACUGUAAACAUUAAAAAUAUCUCAAGAAGGUUAUUUUCUCUUAAUUUUUAUCAAUUUAAAUGCUCUAAAAUAUACCCUUCACAAUUAGUUUGGUACAAUGAACACUACUGAUAGUGACUUGAAGGCUGUAAUAAUUGUUCCAGAUGCAAAUUAAACACCAUCAUAAAGGUGUAUGCAAUGAAAUUGUGAAGUAUCCACAUUCACAGUAUGACAAAGUGAGUAAAUUAAUUCCUAGUCACCCUUGACCGUCUUUAAAUGAAGCGGUAUCAUGAUUUUUUUCUAUUAUCUUUUGUUGCGUAAGGAGAAUCAUUUCCUAAAAAUACACAUACAAUUAAAAUUAUGAUUAUAUUAAAAUAAUUAAUUUUAUCAUGAUUUUGUACAGCAUUCUGACACAGAGAUGCAAUAUACUUCUGUUUAUGAACAUAAUCCAUAAGUCAAUAUCCUUUGUUAAUUGUCAAUCAGCGACAACAAUUCUUUUCUUCUUGUGAUAGAUCAAUGAUAUUUUCUAUAAAGAUGCAUUACUAUCAGUACAUAUCCGUGUGACAACUAUUUCGAGGUCAUGCCCAUAGGUCAUGAUCCAGCGAUAAUUUUCUAUGUUUAGUUUUCUGUUUAAGUUAAUUUGAUAGGAACUACUUGUAAUAGAUCAAUGAUAUCUUCUAUAAAGCUGCAUUACUAACAGUACAUAUUAGAUGAAUGACUAUUUUGAGACCUUGUCACCUAGGUCAUGGCCAUGUGACUUUGAAUUAAUUAGUAAUUUUCAAUGCUAGGUUUUCUGCUAAAGUAAGUUUGAUAUGAACUACUUGUGAUAUAUCAAUGAUAUUUUCUAUAAAAUUGCAUUACUAUCAGUAUAUAUCAGUUUAAAGAUCAUUUUGACACGCUGCUCUCGAUGUCGUGGUCCCAGCUUCUUUGAAUUAACUAGCAAUGUUGCUGUCCAUUAGAUUGUCUUUUACUGAAUUUUCUGUCAACAGGCAAGACAUAUCUCUGUGUCAACAGUUUAUUGAAAAUCAUUAUUAGGAAUAUUUGCUUUGUUAAAAUUGUUCAAUUUUGAUCAAGUAAAUGUGUUGAAACCUGUGUUCGGUCAUUAUAAAAAUGUAGAACAUCAUUUAUAAUAACUUCUCUUUAGAUCGUAUCGUAUAGCACUUUUUGGAAAUAGUUUAUAGACUAUUUUCAUUGUUAGUUUUAUGAAAACAAAAUCAGUAUGUGUAAUGUAGAUUAUCAUCCUCAAUAAUUCAUCUUUAAAGUUUUUUUGUGUAAUUUGCAUUUUGGUUUAUAUUGAAAAGUUAAAUGUUAGAUUUUAAUCGUUCUUGAAAUAACAGUUUCUUUCCAUUGAAAAUGUGUUUUUGUUAAAAAAUGAUUUACUUCAGACUAUGUAUAUUUUUUUUUUAUUGAACUCUAGAACAUAUAUGCAAUUGUCUGAAAUAAAUACUCAAUGCUGUGUCGGUUAGGCCAGCUUUCAUUAAAA